GAAGAAUCCCAUGAAUGGUGGCAGUACCGGUUCAUUAGCACAUUUUUCAACUUACUCGCGAUCGUACAAGUCAUGGUCGGGGCAAGCAUAACUGCUCUUGGGCCAUUUGGGGGUCAGCAUUUGAUUGCUGUAACCGUGCUAGGCGCCAUUAACACUGUCAUUGCCGGAUUUAUAGCUCUUCUCAAAGGUAGGGGCCUUCCUCAGCGACCCCGCAAAAAUAUGCUAGAGCUUAGGAGGGUUCGGGAAUAUAUUGAGCAAAAGAGAACCAUGUUGCAGUACAGGAACAGGAGGUUCUCGAGGGAUGAGGUUGACUCUCUACUGGAAGAUGUGAUGAGGAGGUAUGAUCUUGCUGAAGAGAUUAUUGAAAGAAAUCAGCCGGAUACCUAUACAGAUGGUAUGGGGUCAACUGGUAGAGAACGUCAACCGGACGAAGAAAGGGGUCCGGGAUAAAGUACUGUGGAUACUUUGACUAAUAGCUUACAGGUGCUUUCC